AUGGCGGACAGGAGAAAGAAAUCUUGGGGCACGUUUAAGAACGAGAUGAAAGCAAAGAGGCCUAAAACUGGAGAUGGCGGUGGGAAGAAAAAGGAAAAAGGGAAUAUUUUUGAAAGACAAGAAUUGGUAGUGCAGUGACUGAGCUCAGAAGUAUCCGGCAAAGCCCAAAAGUAUACUAGGGUAGGGCCCCGCUAAUCUCGUACCCAGAUCUCACUCUGUUUUACACGUAAAAGUGGGAGAUCUGGGUACGAGAUUAGGGCCCCGCGAGUUCGUGCAGUACGAUGAGGAGGAACUGUCCAUUGAAGGGAUCAAAGCGUCUUGUGAGAAACAUUUCUCACCCUCAUUGGAACGCUAUUGUUGGUUUUCACAUGACGUCAUGUGA